AUGUUAUAAUAAUCAGAUAAAGACUUCACCCUUGAAUAAGUAGUAGGCACUGGAACAUUUGGAAUGGUGUAUUUGGCUACUGAUAACAGGACUAAGGAGAAGGUGGCAAUAAAGAAGGUGUACCAAGAUAGAAGAUAUAAGAACAGAGAGCACCUUAUCAUUCAAGAAUUGAAUCAUCCAUGCGUGGUUAUGUUAAGACACUCCUUCUUCACACCAGGGGAAAAUCCAUAAGAUGUGUACCUAAAUCUAGUUAUGGAAUAUGUACCUGAGACACUUUCAAAAAUGAUUAGAUAAAUGCGUAAGUAGAAGCAAAGCAUUCCUGCUCCAUUAAUAAAGCUCUACAGUUACUAGAUGAUACGAGCAUUACUUUACUUGCAGGCUAUUGGGAUUUGUCACAGGGACAUCAAACCCUAAAAUAUCUUGGUUAAUUUGGAGAACAAUGUUUUAAAAAUCUGCGAUUUUGGCUCAGCAAAAAGACUUGUUGUCGGAGAACCAAACAUUGCAUAUAUCUGUUCACGUUACUAUCGAGCCCCGGAAUUGAUUUUUGGAGCCACAGAUUACAAUACGCAGAUCGAUAUGUGGUCAAUCGGUUGUGUGAUUGCUGAGAUGGUCAUCCUUGAACCAAUAUUUCCAGGAGAGAGUGCUCAAGAUUAACUCCUUUAAAUUAUCAAGAUUCUUGGCACUCCCACUCCAGACGACAUCAAUUAAAUGAAUCCGUCUAAGGCUGAUGUCAGAUUGCCCACUAUCAGAGGGAAUCCCUGGACACGAGUCUUCGCAAAGUAAAAACCGGAACCACUCUUUUUAGAUCUAAUUACACAAAUGCUUACAUAUUCACCGAAAACAAGAAUCCAACCCAUUGAUGCUCUUUUACAUCCAUAUUUUGAUGACCUCAGAAAAGAAGGAUUCUCUAAUCAAAAUUUUAAGACCCCCAAUCUUUUCGACUUCAAUAAAUAAGAAUUAAGCAUCAAACCAGAACUCUAUUCCAAAUUGGUUCCAUAAUGGUAUUAAAAGCUAAACAAAUGA